AUGCCGCCAGCCGGUCCCGCCAGAGACGACAACGAAAAGCAGCAGGCCGCGCAACAAGCCGUCGACAUCCUGCAUGAGAUAUCCACCAUCCUAAAUUGCCAUCUCGACCGCCGCACACUGUCUAUCUGCAUCUCUAUGAUCGAGAAUGGCGUGAACCCUGAGGCCCUCGCGAACGUUGUCCAAUUUCUACGCAAGGAGGCGCAAAAGGCAGAUUUCGCGCAAAGCACUGGUCGAUGA